UAAUUUUGAUUCUCUUUAAUUGCACAGGCAAGAUGUUUGUUCUCGUUAUUGGCUCUAUAGUAAGUGUCAUAGUCAUCUGUGCUGGAGUCUUCAGAAUAAAAACCAAAAGCCGACAGCACCAGUCUUCAUUCUUUCGAUACGUGCUUGGUUUACCUUUGGAACCAAAGUUCACCAAAGUCACAUGGGAAUGGAAGGACCCUCAUGUUGUCGGAGAAUCAAUGUCAUUCUUUCUAAAGUUUUACAGGAUGAACAGCACUCCAUACCCUGUAUCUCCUGAGGAUUACAUUCUUGUUGAAAUCAUGCACAACAACACAUUUAUUAAGUCGUCGUGGGAAUAUGGUGGUGAAAAAUGGGCACAAGGGAACAUCAUGAAAGUUUCUUUUACUGUUAGAGAAGCUGGAAUUUACACAAUUUCUGUUCUUGUACAGGGGACACUGAUCACAGAGAGACCAUUCACUAAAACAUUUUUACCAGGUGCUGUGGAUCCAUCAAAGUGCAGCAUUUUAGAGGGUGGAUCAUUACUAGAGGUUCAGCAAGGGAUAUAUGCACCCCUAACUGUAGAGGCUCGUGACAAGUUUGGCAAUAUUUGCCCACUGUCUGUCCAAGAUAUUCACUCAUAUGGUGUUGAAGUAACAGAGGUAAUAAAUUUGAGCAAAUCUUAUUUUAGUUUAAACAGGUAACAUGAUCUAGUUUUUGAUUGUUUAUGGCUUUGUAGUAUUAUUUCGCUCCUUCUCAGUUCCUCCAUACAUGUUGUCAGUUUAGUUGGAGAAAAGUAUAAUUCUAAUUUGAUGGUAGAUGAAACAUGAUUAAGCCACAGACUUGCUCCUGUUUUCUACAGUUUCUGCUGUUCCGCCUUGACUAUUUGCUCUUAUUAUAAAUCUUCUUUUGAUCUUUCAUGAAUGCUGUUCUCUUAUUGCAAUUGGCUAUGCUAGUCACUAUCUACUCUUUUCUAAUAUGAACCUACCAGUGUUCCAUCACAAAUGCCGUUCUCUGAUUGGCUACGCUACUCAAUAUCUACUCUGUUGUAGAUAGUCAGUAGCUUAGUAGUGUGUGGUUGUUUUAUUCUAAAACAAAAUGGCGGCCACUUCUUUGUGUUUUUGAAGAGUUUUUGAAGAGGAUUUUUAUAAAAUUAUGAAUGACUAGUCUAGAUAAUUUUACACUAAAAUAAUUAUUAGAUUCUUUGCUUUCGAUUUCUAU